GUCGUCGAGCCCCAGACGCAUGGCACGUGCGGGUGACGUGUGAGGCAUUGCGGCGAUGGCUGCGGCCACCCGGCGCGCAGCACGUCAGUCGUGAAGCGACACGACAUCCUGCAGCCGUCGCGCCUGCCAAUAGCCGCGGCACUUUCUGUGAGCCCUCGAAACGAACUGCCUACAGCGCACUGCCCGUGUCGCCGUCCGUCCGUUGCGCUCUCUCACCGGUCGCGUUGAGCUGCAGCACGGAUGCGGACAUCUCCCCGCAAUUUCGUGACCAUCCCUCCAUCCGCCUCGCUUGAACUUUGAGCUCUGCCGCAAUUCCUCCUCUCAAUACCCGUCUCUGUAUCCUCGGCACUGCUGCAUCGCUCUCGCCCCCAGAGCAGCCAUCCCAGACCAUGGGCCGCUCCACGAUUCCGUCCGCACUCGCCGAGCUCUCGAAUCCAACGACCCCCGAGGCGCAGGUGGUCGCCCUGCGAAACCUCAAGAAUGAGAUUGUCGGGCACGAGCAGAGGAAGGAGCUGGCUGUCACACAUGGCGUCAUCCGGCCGCUUGCCGGGCUGCUGAAGGAGGGCGCGCGGAGAGGAGGGAAGAAGCGACACAGCAACGGCACCGCGCAGGAAACGAGCAAUGGAUCUGCGCCGCCGUCGCGCACACGGCCGGGCCGCGACGACUGGACGCGCGAAGACGAGCUGCGAUUCCAGGCCACGCUUGUCGUCGGCAGUCUGGCGAACGGUGGCCCUGCCUUCACGGCGCCGUUGCUGGCUGGCUGUGUCCUGCCUCCGCUGCUCGAGACGCUGCGCCUGACCGACACGCCGACGAGACUCCUCACGACCACUCUCAUGACGCUCAACCAGAUUGCCGAUGCCGUUGCGCAGGAGAAGCCGGGGCUGGAUGCGAAUGGCCAGAGUCUGGCGGCGCUCGUGCGCGACCAGAUGUACACGCGCGCAGUGGUGGACAACAUCGCGGAGAUACUGGCGCAGACAGCCGGUCCGUCCAAGACCAACCAGCAGAUCCUGCUGGCGAUACAGCUCCUGAAGAAGACAUGCGUGGAGGAUGUGCACAAGAAGAUGCUGGUCGAUGCCGGCAUACUGGACUUGUUGGCCAGUAAACUGGCGAGCAUUGCGGCCGCCGACGAGCUGCUUCCUCAGUCCGGGGCGAUACACCUGCAGCGUGAACAGGUCCCUCUAAGGUUUCUGUCCGAGAUCAUGGAGGCGAUCGCCGCUAUCAUCAAAGGCUCACACUUCUACACGGCCCGCUUCCUCUAUUCGCAGCCCAUACAACAACUCUUCGGCUGGCCGAAGGAGCGCACCUCGGCCGCAUACGACGCACAAACCGCCUUCGCACAGUCGUCAUGGGACAAGCUGAUACCCCGCGUGCAAACCAUAACGAGCAAGACCGAUCCGUACACCAAGUCGUGGCCAGCGCUCGGCUCCUACACAGCAGUGAGCGGAGAGAGCUAUGCGCGGCUCCCUAGCAUGGAGUCGCUGCAGCAAAGCUCCAGCCGUAGCAUCAUCACAGACGAGUCUGAGUCGCCGCUGUUCAUAUGGCUUAUGUACGUAGCAAGGCGCGGAGAGGGAGCAGAGCGCCUGUCUGCGUGCUAUCUUCUGGCGCUGCUGAAGAAGUUUGGCGAGAAAUGGCCGCUCAACGACCCUUCGAGGACGACCAGGGAAAGACAUUUCUCUUACCUCGUCAUACCGCUGGUCGUCAAGAUGGUCGAGGAGUCAGCUGAGCACGCCAAGAAGGCACACACGCUCAGUCCUGCGGCGAGAGACGAGAUGCGCUUCGUUCUUGAGCGCUCGCCGCUCGUUCUAGCCGAGCUCAUUACAGGGAACAAGACGCUCCAGACCGCCGCGGUGGAUGCGCGGAUCAUGCCUACCCUCGUGCAGAUCCUGAAGAAGUCCUUCGAGCGAGCAACAACAAACGCGAAGCCUCUCUGGCAGCCAAGAUCGGCGUCGCUCGAGGUCAAGGGCCAAGAUAUCGACCCCGAGUCUUCUACGCUGGGAAGAUCGGGUCUCAGCGCAGACGUCCUGCAUGCAUACCGGGUCCGAGAAAGCGCACUGUUGGCGCUGGCGGCGAUAGCUGGCGAUCAGGAUACGUAUCGCAAACUCGUCAUCGAGAUGGGCGCUGCGACACAUAUCAUCGAGUCGUUGGUGCCGUACUCGGAGUCGAGUGAGAAAGAUGGCAACCCGGAUGCGGUUCUCAGGGCGGCCUGCAAUAUCACAAGAUCGCUGUCGAGGUCGGUCAGUGUGCUCAGGACAAGUCUGAUUGAUCACGGGAUUGCGAAUCCGGUUUUCGAGUUGCUAAAACAUCAGAGUGUUAAGGUGCAGAUUGCGGCGACAGAGGUGAUUACGAAUUUAGUCUUAGAGGUGUCACCCAUGCGUACUGAGAUCAUCGAGGCUGGUAUCAUGAAGACGCUCUGCGAACACUGCCGAUCAGCCAACUUCGAUCUUCGGUAUGGAAGUCUGUGGGCUCUGAAGCACCUUUGUCUCGGCAUUCCUGUCGCUAUGAAGAUACAGUGUCUGGACGAGCUGGGCGUUGGGUUUCUCAUGCAGACACUCAGCGGGGAACCUACCAAGCCAGCGAUGGGCACACCGAAUGCUGCCGGUGAGCAGGUAGACCUCUUGAAUGCCGUGGACGAGCCACACAUGGAUGUGGAUGACGAGCCCUCUUCAGACGACGAUGAGGAUACAAUGACCGACAACAUCCCAUCAAUGCGGCGACAUCAGGGGCCUGGGUCGCGCUACACGAGCGCAACAAACAUCCGCGAUCGCUUGCAGCAGAUCCGGAUUGAUGAACUAGAUCCGCGAAUCAAGCUGGAACGCGAAGACCAAGCAAUCCAAAUGCAGUCUCUCGAUUUCAUUCGCAACUUCUGCUCUGAGGAGAAGCAGUCUGGCGAGAUGAUCGAUCACCUCCUGAAGACCUACGGCCAUAGCCGCUUCUUCGAAAUGCUCGACUCCAAAAUCCGACCCAAGACCACUACAUGGUCGCAGCCCCAGCCUCAAUCAGACACCCCAGUCCCGUCAUACUGGCCCGGCACAACCCAACAACGCCCGCCCUUCCCCUCCUCCCCCUCAGCCCAGACAAACUGGGCUCUCUACCACUCCCCCGAAAUCCUCAAAGCCGCCGUCUUCAUCUUCGUGCACCUCGCCAACGGCCGUCCACACCACCGCUCGCUCCUCCUCUCCCAAACAAGCCUAAUGCGGCACCUGCUCCCGCUCUUCUCGCACCCUGUGCGCGACGUGCGCCUCGGCUGUGCCUGGAUGGUCAUCAACCUCGUGUGGGUCGAGGACCACACCGAAGAGGGCCCAACCCGCGAGCGAGCGCGCGUCCUCAGAGACACGGGCUUCGAAGCCAAGGUCAGCGAGCUGACGCGCGAUCCCGAUCUCGAUGUUAGAGAGCGCGCGAAGACGGCUAUGGACGUCCUCGGGCGGAUGAACGGGGAGGCCGGUGCGGCGGAGAGGAGAGAGGGGCGCACCGGGUACACGAGUCCGAGCCAGGCGUUUGGGGUCGAGGGCUUGAGGGGCCUGCAGGGCUGGGGGCGGGAGCACCGCGGCUGAGAAGCCAACGGCUCGAAUCGGGGGUGUAUGAUAUAUGUUUGUCUUUGCAUCGUCUGGCGUUCCGGGUUGCCUCGGCGGCG